UUCAAAUAUUGUAAUUUUAUUGUCAGUUUCUUCCUUUUAUGUUCGAAAAUUUAUUUAUGAUGAAAAUUUAUAUUUAAAAGAAUGUCUACGCAUAAGAAAUUUAAACGUAAAAUAAGUAAAAAGACCGCCAGAGGUGGUCUUUUGGAUAGGUACAGUCCUUUCACAGAAUUGUUCAAAGUGCCGGCUACAAGUCUGAAGAAAACGGUGAAUGUAUUUGAAAGCUAUCAGCCUGAGCCUGGGAAUGUUUGGACUAUAAUAUUUCUCAGACUUAUGUAAAAUGGAACGUCGGUGAGACGAACAUCAACGUAACCGAAACUCACGCAGAUUACGUUCCCGCCCCUGAAAGUUUUUCCAAAAAGAGAAAAAAACGCAAAUCAUAUACUGGCGUGCCACCUAUUAGCAAGACUGUGGAUGAAAUAUGGCUGGAAGAAAGAGAAUCUUCACAACGGAGAGGCAAGCAGGAGUUCAAGCAGUUCAGGAAGAAGAGGAAGAUCGCUGACAAGAUGAGAGGUAACUGCCUCCACAAUACAGUAUUAGGUAUGGUUGGACCAGAUUGGUAUCAAGAACUUUCCCCAAAGCAACUUGAAACCGUUGAUCAUCUAGAGCGAUGCAUAUUGCAAGAUUAUGUAAGCAAGGGCUACAUCAAUACUAAAGAAAAUAUGGCUGCCUUAGGUUUGGUGUUACGUCCAAAUCAACAAAAACUAGAGAGAGCUUUGCAAAUUUGCUGCGGCGAUCCCGUAGAGUUCCUGCUAACCCUUUAUCAAUUAAGCAAUCCAAAGAGAAAAAAAUACUCCGUCAAUGAUAGACUGAUUCUAUCAGCUGUUGUCCAUUUAACUAUGACCUUCACAUUGAGAGAGUUGCAUGUUAGAAUUCCUUCUCCACCAAGGAAACCUAAGGUAGUUCAAGAGGAGCCACAAGAAGUAAAAAAGGCGAAAUAUAAGUCUCCAUAUUUGGUGCCGUACACGUUCAAACCAGAGCCACCAGCUCAUACUGGAGAGUAUAUCAACAGUCAAAUUCAACAUCCUGAAAGUCCGUAUUUUAGUUACCUCGAAGAUCUGGCAGGAGAAAUGGCGCAAAUGAGGGAAGAUCCAAAUCUAGGCAUUAUGAGUAGAGGGCUAGAUGGCACCGAGAUUGUAUAUGAAAUUCAGGCAGCUCAAGACUACUAUAACGAAAUACAUGAAACCAACAUGAACUGUAUUCUGCCACCAACAAUUCUAGUACCUUUAGAAAAAGAUCAAAGGAAUGCUAUUGAUGAUACUAAAGCUUUGCUUGAUGACUUAAAAGAAAUGACGGUGAAUGCACCAUUUGUUAAGGUCCAGGGAAUAGUUUUCGUCAACGCUGGGAAACGGGAAGCAUGACUGUUAUUGUGCAGAAUCAGUUGAGUACUACAGGAAGGUGGAGUGGGAGAAGACACAGCGUUGCAUGCAGCCUCGCCAAACGCUAGCGUUCUGGGGUCCGAUCACGUAAAGUGGUCAUCACUAAUUUAGGUAGAGUAUUCUUCGUACAAGGAUCGUAUCAAUCAAGUGACGUUGAACAUCCGAUGUAUCAAUACGAAGAAAAAAAACCGAGUUUGUCUGCUUUGAACACAAACAUUGAAGACGAUUGCUGCAACGUUGGAGAGCAGGACGUUAAAUGCCUACCAGGAGCUCAACAACUAAAUGAAUUUGAGGACUCAGAAAUAGAAAAAUCGCCAGCACCAGCAUGCAACGAAGUACAUCCAACAUUUGAAGACUCCUCAAACGGAGAUGGUUGCAUCUGUACCAGCAAGCGGAUAAUUGGAAAACCUUUCAAUGGCGAAGCGCUUUUUGUCAAUGGUGGUAUAGUCUUUUCACGCAUUGGGCCAGCGUACUUGGUCUCCUAUUCUGUGGUGAGGGUUGAGGAGGCACAACCGUUGAAGAGGCCGAUAAUAUGCUGUAUGAAGGGUGCUGAGGAUUCGGGAUAUGGGGCAGCCAAAGGUGGGGCCUGCAUGUGUGUGGCUCAGCGUAAGGCUAUUCUGAGAAGAUAUCAACACUGUUAUCCUGUUACCUAUGUGAUCGGAGGGAUUGUUAUGACUGAGGUUGGUCCUGCUUAUAUGGUGUCCUCGGUUUGUAAGAAGAAAGAAAUUAAAAAACCAGAAGUAGAAACUGCGGAUCCAGACGCGUGCAAAUGUAAACAAGAAGUUGAUAGAUUUUUGAAACACAGGUGCGAAUGUGAAACGUGUCGAGCUCAAGAAAGAAGAGACAACGCUACUUUCAUAAUCGCCGGAAUGAAAGGGCAAGAAAUUGAUCCUCCCAUUCCAAUAAUAUCUGCAUGUGUGUCCCAGAAGAACUGUACCUGCCUGGAGAGAUAUGUGGAAAAAUUAAAAAGGAUGCAUGAGUACAGGCAGAGACUUGAGACUCGAUGGAGGAUGAUGUCUAUACAGAAUAAGUACGCUAUUGGAGGUGUCGUACAAACGGCCAGAGGUCCUAUGUACAUGGUGACUGGCAUCAGGCCCCCAAUACAAUGCGCAUGUGCGGAAAUGCUGCGAAAGCAAGAGGAAGAGAAGGAAGCUAGGAAGAGAAUGCCUGAACCGCCUCCAGCAGGGAGGAUCAAAUAUCAUAUACAGGGUGUCAGACAAAUGAAAUGCGGGCAGAGUGUGUAUAUUUUAUCACAGGCGCUGCCUGUUGAGCCGUGCCCCUGUGAGGAAUUGUUUAACAGGUAAAAAUUCUUAUCUACAGGCUCAAAAUUGUUUAAAGUAGACAAUCUUCGCUGUAUAUUACUAGAAUUCACGAA